CUGAGCGAGCCGAUCACUGACUCCUGUUGUGUUUUUUGUAGGAGAUUUUAUAUGACAAAGGUUUUACAUCAAUGCGAGAGAUGUCUGUAAACAACACAAAAGGACCUUGUGAGGGCAACCUAAUCAAUCUAAAUUUUACGCACAGCUUUUUGCCGCCCGUCUUUAUCACCGUGUUCAUUGUCGGGACGGUGUCCAAUAUCUGUGGACUGAGAAGCGUAUGUGUGAGCUGGAAGAAAAACGGAAACAUCAACAUCUUCAUGUUCAAUCUCGGGGUGGCGGACCUGCUGUAUCUGUUUAACCUGCCGUUCCUCGUCAACUAUUACGCGCGUGAGAGCGACUGGCAGUUCGGCCAGCCUUUCUGCAAGGUGACGCGCUUCUGCUUCAACCUCAACCUUUAUGGCAGCAUCGGCUUCCUUACCUGCAUAAGCAUCUAUAGGUACCUGGGCAUUGUGCACCCGAUGAAAGUGAUGGGGAAAAUCACCAGUCGCCACUCUCUGGCCAUAAGCGCUCUGGUCUGGGUUUUGGUCAUUAUACAAAUUACUCCUGAUAUAUUCUUUGACAAGAAUGAUGACAAAAAACCAAACUCGUGUUUUGACACCACCUCAACCAACCUGACCAGAUACUACCUGCCAUACAGCAUCAGCUGGACGGUCACCGGGUUUGUCCUGCCUUUGGUCAUCAUUUUGGGCUGUUAUGGACACAUAGUGGUGGUUCUGGCAAAGAACGCCAAUGUCAACCCACUGCUGAAGCAGCGGUGUUUGAAACUGGUUGUGAUUCUGGUCAUACUUUUCUCCGUCUGUUUCAUUCCCUACCAUAUAUUUCGAAAUUUAAAUCUCACUACCAGGAUUUUGAAACAAGAUGGGCUUUGUCACCACCUCUUCGACGACAUCUACAUUGCACACCAGGUCGGCAGAUUCCUGGCUUGUCUAAACAGCGCGAUAAACCCGCUGAUUUAUAUAGUAGGAAAUGAUGAUUUCCUGACAAAGUUUCAAGACUUCAGUAAUCGGACCAGGAUGUCUCUUGCCGGACUUAAGAGUGCAAUUAUUUACCGCAAACCCAUAGAAGCGGACGUGGAUUUACCCGCAGACAUGUGCACCAGCUUCGACAAGAGGAGUGGAUAGGACGCAGAAUCAGUUUAAGCGAGUUGCUCUUUCUUGUCUGUACAUGUCACGCACUGCCAGCACUUCCACAGAUCCGUGAACAAAGUACGUGACUGCGACUGAUGAUUGUGCUUAAGGGAGGACUGGCGAGGGGUAGGUCACUGAGGUGUCAGUGCACAGAGAAAGUCAAAUGUCCGGAUGGUUCCCUGGAUGUUACUAAAAAGACUUAAAGCUGAAGCUCCAGCUCAUAUAGCUCUAUUUUUUAACUGUUCCAAGUGUUAAGCAUUGUAACAACUUAUAUAUUUUUAUUUUCUGCAUAUUUAUUUCGCCUCAAAUUUUUCUUCUGUACAGUGCAGCAGAAAGUAUAGGUAUGCUGUUGACACUUAUUUGUGUUAUGUGCUACACUGCCCCACCUUUGGACUGUUAGAUGAAGCUUUGUUAUACUUCACCAUGAGUUGUAUUUUUCACCUCAACACUUGUUAUGUAACCGACUGAGACUCAAACCACAAAAGGGAUUUUAACAGCACUUGUUUUAGGAGUCUGGCACAGCCUAGUUACUGCCGUUUGUUUAGAGAAAACAGACAUAAAAUACAACAGCUACGUAUGAAACUGGAGUGGACAGUCUGAAGUAGAAAUACCACUAAAACUUUUCAAGUGCUCUCUUAUUUUUUUUUUUUCUUCUUCUUCUUCUUCUUCUUCUUCUUCUUCUUCUAACCUAAAUAAAAAAAAAAGUAAUAUCAUCAAAUGUAUCCGCGUGUCACAAAGGUGAAAUAAUCUAAUUAUAUUUCAUACAGAUGGGUAGCAAAGGCGAUGCACAUUAUGCGGAACCCUCACGCGGUUCCAUUGAAGUAUGCGUAUCAAACAUGUAUGAGAAUAAAAGUUGCUCUUAGGUUUCAGUCUGGUCCACCGUGUUGCUUUGCAAAAUGUGAAAAUCACAGCGAAGAAUUAAUAACGAAUAUACUGCCAUCUCUGCUAUGGGGAAACCACCAUUACACAGGAAUAGGAAUACAGUCAAAUAUAGGCUACAGUCAAGUAUUUUUAUACUGGAAAACACGAAACUGACUGGUUAUUACAUUUAUAAAAGUCUAACUUGUAGACACAGAGUACGCACUUGGAGCAAAUGAGGUUGCCUGUUUGCAGUAAGCUCGCUUUCAGUCUUUGCUUAAUUUUACUAUUUGUACACUAACCACAAUUAGUAACCCUGGGUCUCCUGUUUGCAGUGCUGCUUUGCCUAUCCAUCUGUUUUAGCCAAUGCUGUAGGAAUGGUAUUGAAGAUGGUUGCCAUAAAAAUUGAGGCUACAGAUCCAGUGUAGCUUCUUUCUUUAGGAAAAAUAUCUGUAUCAAUAAAUUAUUACUAACCUAAUGAAAGAUGGGAUAGUAAUUUAAAGUGAGUGAGGAUAUUGUGUGCAUUUACAGUUUUGAUAACCACAGUGGUGAUACACACUAUCUCUGACUGGAGUUUUAGAUUUUGUGAAGUUAGCUAGGACAAAGACAGCCUGGCUCUGCCGAGGAUCUCUGAGAAAGUGAAAUGUAUUGUAAAAAGGAGCUCUUUCAAACAUUAUCAGAUCAUGCUGGACUCCAUGGACUCCAUGUGUCAGGUUGAAGUCCAUGAAUCUUGAGUCAUCUUGAGUGCUGUUGUCAUCAAAGCAUUAGAAGGAAAAUGAAAUGGGUUACAGGUACACUCUUUAGGUAUACUAUUUUUAUAGUAUACCCUCAAACAGUGCUUCAUACACUUUAGGAAGUUUAUCGCAUGGAAAUUUCACUGAGAAGGCCCAAGUUGGAGAAAGGGCCCAGCCAGGAACCUGUUUGCUGUGAGGUGACAGCACUAACCACUGCAACACCCUGACAUUUUUAACAUAUUCAGCUAAUAGUGUUCAAAUUUGUAUAAUUUGGCAGGAAAGUUUGUAUUAAACAUAAAUUACAUUUAUCCAGUGGUCUCAAUGUAUUUUUGAUGUCCUUCAGUAAAUACCUGUUUCUGAA